AUGGAUGAUGUAAAUUACACAACUGUGAGAGAGUUUACGUUUGCUGGAUUAACAGACAGCACAUCUAUAGCCCCAUUUCUCUUUGUAUUCUUCCUGCUUGUUUAUUUGAUCACAGUCUUUGGGAACUUUGGCAUGAUGGCCAUGGUCUACUCUAAUUCUCUUCUCCAGACCCCCAUGUACUAUUUUUUGGGAAACCUUUCAAUAGUAGACCUUUUAUAUUCCACUGUAGUGACUCCCAAAAUGCUGUCUGAUUUAGUUUCUAACUGUAAGUCCAUCUCAGUCAAUGGUUGUGCACUGCAACUUUUCUUUUUUGUUUCCAUGGCUGUAACUGAGGCUCUUCUUCUGACAGACAUGUCAUAUGACAGAUAUGUGGCCAUAUGCAACCCUCUAAAUUAUGUCUCCAUCAUGACCCAGAAGAAAUGUGUUUGUCUAAUUCUUCUUACAUACUUUAUUGGAUUCCUUCAAUCAGCUGUCCAGACUGGCUGCGUGUUUUAUCUUCAGUUCUGCAGCUCAAAUCUUAUAGAGCACUUUUAUUGUGACCUACCACCAUUAAUGAAGCUUUCUUGUUCUGACACAUUCAUCUGUGAUAUGGUAACAAUUUUCUUUACCUGCUGUUUUGGUGUUGGCUCACUGAUAACAGUUCUUGUCUCCUACUCCUUCAUAGUUUCUACUAUCCUUAAAAUUAAUUCUUCAAAGGGUAGAAGCAAAGCAUUUAGCACAUGUUCCUCUCAUCUUACCUGUGUAUCUAUUUUUUAUGGGACAGUAUUCUUUAUUUACUUACGCCCGCCUUCCAGUGACUUUAACAAACAAGAUAAAGUUGUGUCUGUUUUCUACACUGUAAUAAUUCCAAUGCUCAACCCUUUAAUCUAUAGUUUGAGGAAUAAAGAGGUAAAGAAAGCAAUGAAACGGUCAGUGUUAUGA